AUGGCAAUAUUUUCGAAGGCCCUAAGAGUUAAGGAUUCCAAGGAUAUGGGAGACAAGCCUGAAGCGAUCAAUCUCAUAUCCUCUGACACGCUUUCCUUCAGCAAGUUCACUGCCGUUAACUAUAUCCUCCCUUUCUCGUGUAUCAAGUUCUUGUUUGCCGUGUUAUUUCUCCUCCGGUUGCUGGGAUGGCAGAGCACAGCAAUGGCAGUUCUAGCCACCAUAGGAACUGUGCCAAUACAUACAAGGGUCCUCAAGCAAGAGCGAGCCGCCAAAAAAAGGCUUGCACUAGCAAGAGAUAGAAAGACAAAGGCUAUUGCCGAGGCUCUGCAGGCUCUUCGGCAAAUCAAGUUUUCAGCCCUCGAAGCCCAGUGGGAAGAGCGCAUCGAAUUGUGUCGCAAGGAGGAGUUGGCGGAAAUGCGAAAGAGUUUCAUUGCCAUCAAUAUUCGAUCAGUAUGGAAAGUCGCAUCUCCUUUUGUUGUGGCUGCAGCAGCAAUUUGCAGCUACGCUUAUACUCAGAACGAGGUGUCAUCGUCGAUAAUAUUUACUAUGAUUGAGUUGCUGCCGCACAUCCAAGGAACGCUGGGUUUGGUUCCAAUGGUCCUCCAGGAUUAUUACGCCGCUCGGUCAAACGCUCGUCGCAUAGAGACCUUUUUAAAAACUCCAGACAUCGAAAGGAUCUUGACUGUGAGUCCUACUGGCUGUGUCUCCUUCCGAAAUACCCGCAUUGCCUGGCCAUCAGAUCAAAAGCAGAAUCAUCAAGAGAAGCAAGUUAGCUUACCUCAGCGGUUUACUCUCCAUGCCCUUGAUGUCGACUUCCCUGUUGGCGAACUAAGUGUUAUACAUGGAGAAACAGGGUCAGGAAAGAGUUUGGUGCUUGCUGCUAUCCUUGGAGAGGUCGAUCUCCUUGGCGGUCACAUCGAGGUACCGUCAUUGAGCCAAUCUGUCGGAUUUGUUUCACAGACCCCGUGGCUUCAAAAUACCACUAUCAAAGACAACAUAUUAUUUGGGAGUCCACUGGAUAAGAUGAGGUACCAAAAGGUUCUCAAAGCAUGCGCGCUUGAGACCGAUCUUGCUGCUCUGGCAAAAGGAGAUGAAACGUAUAUUGGUCUUCGUGGUGUUAAGCUUAGCGGUGGCCAACGGGCAAGAGUAUCUUUGGGCAGAGCUCUCUAUUCCAACUCUAAGCUACUGGUCUUGGAUGAUAUCUUCUCUGCACUUGACUCUCAUGUUUCCAAGGAGAUCUUCAAAGCGCUGACUGGAGAGCUCGCCCAGGGCCGCACACGGAUACUGGCAACACAUCAUUUAUCUUUGUGCUUGCCUCGGGCCAAGCUUGUUGUUCACAUCGAAAACAACACCAUCAGCUCUUCUCUCAAUACAGAUAUGAUUGAGACGAGGUUGGAUAGUGUGGAACCGGAAGUCCCCACCGAGCCGAAUCCAUCAACAAAAGAGGAACCCAUGAAGCGUACCAGUGAUAAGCCGAAGAUUAACACUGCCCAAUCAGACUCUGAGUGGAAGUCCUUCAAGACUUACUUCAGUGCUGCUGGUGGCCUAAGAUUUGUAGCAAUAUAUAUUCUCGCUUUGCUUGGCAAGCAACUGGUGACUGCACUGACAACAUGGAAUCUCGGCCGUAUCAGAUCAAGACGGUUAAAGGCAGGAACGUAUGACCCAGAAAGUGCCGAGGUUGGAAGCAACCUGUGGUAUUAUCUAUACAUGUAUCUCUUGGGAUGUCUAUCAUCGGUCAUCCUUGAGUUCCUCACAAAUAUGCAUAUGUUCGCGGGAUCAUUGCGUGCCUCGGAGACCUUGUUUAGGACGAUGACCGCAAAUGUCAUCCGAAUGCCUCUUUUCUGGCUCGAUACCACGCCUCUUGGGGGAAUCCUGAAGAGAUUCACUGCCGACGCAAGACAGGUUGAUGACUUUCUAUUAGAGACCCUAUCUGAAUUCGCCAACUGUCUUGUGAAACUGGUGCUCGUUGGGUUCAUUGGAAUACACAAGUCCAUCUUCACAAGCUGUUUGGCAGCAACUCUUCUGUCUUGGUGCUGGCAAGUCAGCAAGGGCUAUGUCAAGGCCCGAAAGGCCGUGAAACGCGGUGAAUCCGAGGGCAACGCCGAAAUUCUAGAAUACUUUACAACAGCUGCCGAUGGAGUGUCGACUAUCAGGGCCUUUGGGGUGGUGAAUAAAUGUAUGGACCAGAUGCACUCCCAAGUUGAUAAACUAUCAAUCGCUCGGCGGCAUUUUUGGGUUUUCAAUCGUUGGCUCGGUCUUCAAAUGUCUCUCAUGGGCAUUAUCCUAAGUACUGGUACAGGUUUCAUUCUUUUGUCAUCGAAAUCCGUCCUUGGUGCAUCUUUGGUGGGAUUUUCCCUAACAUUUUCGAUGGGAUUCGCCCACGCUACUUUUACCGCUGUCAAUAACUUUGGAAUGCUUGAGAGCUACAUAAAUGCGGCUGUCGGAAUAAUCUCAUAUUCGAAGCUGCAAGCCGAGGAGCAAAGGGGCAACGAAGUCCCAACGAACUGGCCAUUUCAAGGGGAGGUUGAAGUCAAAGGAUUGAACGUUUCGUACUCCCCCGACCUUCCUCUUGUCCUGAAAGACAUUUCAUUUUCUGUCGGGGCUGGUCAGAGAAUUGGGAUUGUUGGUCGGACCGGAGCUGGAAAAUCAUCGCUGACUCUGGCCCUUCUCCGCUUAAUCAACCCUCAGUCCGGCUCGAUUCUUAUUGACGGUGUUGACAUUUCUACGAUUAAGCUACAGUCGCUUCGAUCCAAGAUUGCGUUUAUCCCUCAAGAUCCCGUCUUGUUCUCAGGUACAAUCCGAUCCAAUCUGGAUUAUUUCGAGGAGGUUCCAAAAAACAAAUUGAACGAUGCCUUACGCCGUGUCAAGCUCCUCUCCGAAGAGAAUAACGAGAAAACGGGCUUAUUCACUCUGGGCUCACCGAUCAGUGCAGGCGGCGCGAACAUGUCGCAAGGCCAAAGACAACUUCUUUGCCUUGCAAGGGUCUUGAUCAGGGAUCACAGGAUCAUCAUUCUCGAUGAGGCGACAUCUGCUGUCGAUAAUGAGACGGACUUGUGGAUCCAAGACACGAUCCGAGGCGAGUUUAACCGCACAUUGAUUGUGGUCGCUCAUCGUUUAAGAACGAUUGCGUCCUUUGAUAAGGUGGUUGUCAUCGAUGAUGGGCACAUUGGGGAAAUCGGAACUCCGGCAGAGCUAUUGAGAGCCGAAGGAUUGUUCUAUGAGCUCGUUCAAAAGAGUGAAGAUAAGGAAUUUGUGAUCAAUUCUGCAUUGGACGAAACAUAA